AAACACAACAUUUGUUGUUACAAUUGUACACGACAGCCAAGUCACAAUUACUGUUUUUUUUUGUGAUUAGGGCCCCGAUAUUAGCUUUAAACAAACACCAGGUCCAAGAUAUUUAAACAACUUUGUUUUAACAAAUGGAGGUUGCCCUAAUGGAUUUGGAAAAAUGUCGGACAAGUGGAGAUGGUAUGGAAGAUUUGCAGGAGAAAGUGGCCGAACAAACGCAGCCAGACAAUAGCAAACAAAAUAAAGAGGGCACACAAAUCGAGGAAACGAAUGAAGAGGCAACGAGAAAAGCAUCAAUAAGUGCAUUGGACAAUAAACAAAAGACACGAAAGUCUUCCAGCGGAUCCAGCAGCGGUAAGGCCAAUCAUGGUGGCUUGCCCUUACCAGGCCUACAUACACUCUAUAGGAGACCAGAGUGUGUGACCAGAUCCCUUAAGCCGGUAGUUCCUAAGGGUGAAUUGGUUAUGAUGAGACCGCGAAUGGUGGAUACCACUAAUGCAGUGCCGGAACAUAAGAAAACUAAGCCGCCCAAGUUUAUACCCUACGAACCAUAUCCUGGUGCUGUUAAUCCUAUUGUGCCAAAGGCCACAAGUGGUUCAGUUACUCCGAAUUCGGUGAGGUCGGUGAAGGUAAACCGCAACAACUUGGACAUAGGGGUAUUGGUGUCCCAAAUGUCCACCAUUAGAAGUCAAGAAAUGCAAGAUACUCCCACAGCAAAGCAGUUGGCUACAUCUGACCCACUGGAAAAGCCUAUUGUGGACUGUGUGGAAGUGGAAAAAUUGCGUGAAGAGUUACAAAAGGCCAAGGAGGAACGAGAUUAUUUCCAGGGCCAAUUUAAAUUUCAAACCCAGGUUAAUGCUGAACUGAAAAAUCUUUUGGUAGCCUCGGUGGGUGAAGAUCUCUUGACACGUGUCAAUCUCUUGACCGAAGACAAAUUGCAGUUGGCUCGCGCAUUGCUGGAUACCGCCAAAAAUUUAACCACACAUACUGAACAAAUCGAGUUUCUGGCCGGACAAUGUGAGGUUUGGCGUUCCAAGUUUCUAGCCAGUAGUGUAAUGGUGGAGGAGCUGGCACGCUGGAAAGCCGAUUUGACACAGAAAAAUCAAAUGCUUAAUGAAUCAACAAAAAGACUUUUACACUCUACCCAUCAAAUACGACAAAUGCAAUUGGAUAUGCUAAAGAAUUUGAAGUUUUUAGCUAAGAUACGUUAUCUCAAUUUGCCUGCAACUGAUGUGAUAACGCUAUCGGCAGAAAACCUCAAUAUACUGCAACAAAUGGUUCUACAUUCCGGAGUGGGUAUGCCCGAAGGUGAUUUGUCCAUAUCUUCAGCUACAUCAUCGCCCCUAUGUGAUUCGGAGAAAUAUGCAGUGCAGGCAUUAGAAUUUAUAAGUCAACCCUUGAUGGCCACCGAUGAAGCCAUUAAAGCUUUAUUUGGCCAAGCCCAAAGGCCAUACAUAGCUCCUACCCCCGAAGUGGGUGCUGAAAAUGUAGAUAGCAACAAAUUGUCGACAGAGUGAGCAAACGUAGGUGGGUGGUAAAUAUCUGUGGGUGCAUGUAAUUUAUUAAUCAUAAUAAUUGAACGAUAAAAAAAAACGUUUUUAUUUCUGUUUAUAUUAUAUAGCAUCGUUUAUUUUACUUUUUAUUUUUAGUCCUAAUAAAAA